AAAAUUCAGUAAUCAGUUUCAGCAUGACAUGAUCUCAAUCUCCCUAGAACAAUAUUCAAGUUCAAGUUGGAGAAUAUAAUUAUCCACAAAUCGUUCUUAAAUAAACCUUGCGAGACAACUAAUUUAAAAUGGCUUAUUUGCUUCCAAAUUUGUGCCGUUGCCUUUGUUUAAGAAAUCGUGGCAUAAAUAUAAUACAAACUGCGUCAUACCAUGCAAAUGUUAUCGAUCACUACGAAAAUCCUCGAAAUGUGGGUUCGUUGGAUAAGAAAGACAAGAAUGUGGGAACAGGAUUAGUUGGUGCUCCUGCGUGCGGGGAUGUUAUGAAAUUGCAGAUCAAAGUCGAUGAUAAUGGAAAGAUUAUCGAUGCAAAAUUUAAGACAUUUGGCUGCGGUUCAGCUAUUGCUUCCAGCUCAUUGGCUACAGAAUGGGUUAAGGGCAAAACAGUUGAUGAGGCUUUGAAGUUGAAAAACACUGACAUUGCCAAAGAGUUGUCUUUACCGCCAGUCAAACUACAUUGUUCAAUGCUUGCCGAAGACGCUAUUAAGGCUGCUUUAUCAGACUACAGGAUUAAGCAGCAAAACCCGGAAAAGAAGUAAAUACAGUAGAAAGUUAUAUUGGAACAGAUCUGUGAUUGACUGAAUGAUGUUGGGAUAAGAAAAAAUUAUAAUGUAGUAUUUAGUAUAAACAUAGUAUGCAUAUGCUGCUACAGUCAGAUCUAUAUAACACGUUAGAACAGUGUCUGAAUAGUUGUUUAAUAAUGUUCUAUUAGAAAAUAAACUUAACCGAAUAUA